AUGAGAAUGGAGUUUCCCAGAAUCAAUGGAGAAAUCGCUUGUGGUAAUAACGAUCUUGAAGACAACAUCUGUUCUCAGACAGGAGAGGAGUUUUCAAACGAGUUUCUGAGGGAUUUUGGUGCUCAACGAAGAGCACAAGUUGAUAAUAACCAUAUGAACCGACAACAUCUUGUUUAUGAGGAUUUCCACAGAAUUCUUGGUCUUCAAAGAGUUGAAUCCAACAUGUCAGAAGGUUUCGCUUCCUCUAAUGGAUACUUAGCCGAAGCAAAUGUUGCAGACUCACCUAGAAAGACUGCGACAUCAUCAGAUGUUUACUUGCCGGAGAUAUUGAAGCUUCUUUGUAGUUUUGGGGGAAGGAUCUUACAGAGACCUGGUGAUGGGAAGCUGAGAUACAUUGGAGGAGAGACUCGGAUUAUCUCAAUACGGAAACAUGUUGGACUAAAGGAAUUGAUGCAAAAGACUUAUGCUUUGUGCAACCAUCCACAUACCAUCAAGUAUCAGUUACCAGGAGAAGAUCUUGAUGCACUCAUCUCUGUUUGCUCAGAUGAGGAUCUUCUUCAUAUGAUUGAAGAGUAUCAAGAAGCUGAAACAAAGGCUGGAUCUCAGAGAAUAAGGGUCUUUCUUGUUUCUUCAAAUGAGUCAUCAGAGUCUCCCAAGAUCUUCAAUGAGAGGAAUAUGAACAUAAACCGAAACAUACACCAGCAGCAGACGGAUCUUGAUCAUUACCAGUACGUUUCCGCGCUUAACGGUGUUGUGGAUGUGAGUCCUCAGAAGAGCUCCAGUGGCCAAAGUGGGACGAGUCAGACAACACAGUUUGGGAAUGCUUCGGAGUUUAGCCCUACGUUUCACCUCCGAGACUCGCCUACUUCUGUUCACACAUGGGAGAACAAAGACUGCAACACUAGUCCAAGCUUCAUGAAUCCGUAUGCGAACACGAACGCUGUUCAUUAUAUGCCGAAAAUGCAUAUGCCGCCGAGUAACUCAUAUGGCCAACAGUCUCCUCCAUCAUCUCCUUUCUCAGUUCACAAGAGAGCAAAUACCGACAUUCCCUACUAUUUUGAUCAGAAUGGUUUCUUUGACAACAACAAUAACAACCGCCCUUACAUGGUUGCUCCAAACUUCCCACAGAAACAUAGGUUCUUGUUUGAGACUAGUACACAAACGCAGAAGCAUCCAGAAAUGACUCUUCAUGACCGGAGGCCAAGCGACCCCCAUGGUCAAGCUUACAACGGGCCUGAGAAAGUGACGCUUAAGAAAAACGCUCUCUCUGAUCCUCAGCUGCAUGAUGAGAGCCAAAUCGACAAUGGUUUAGAAGCAUUUACCAGACAACCAUGGAAAAUACUGAGAAAGAAACUGCAUGUUGUGGCUACGUCGAAAUGGGGAGACAAUGAAGAUAUCUGUUUCAAGAAGCUUGAGCCAAACACAGAGGUUCCUAAUAGUUGGAUGGAACGUGAUAAUAAUAGUCCUGGUUCUUUUGAUCAGGCGUCAAAGAAACAUGGUGGUAGUAACAACACUAGUUAUUUCAGUCCGAAUUAUCAACCAGCUGCUCAGGUUACUUCAAGUGACUCACAAGAUUCAGGGAGCUCAGUAUUCUCUCUAUCAGUCAACACAAACGAAAAUCAUCUUGGUGGCUCAAGGGAAAAAUCAAAUGGUUUCCAGCAAGACAUGUCACUAGAUAUCCUCAUCAGAAGCCCCACUUCAGAUACAGAUCAACUGUGUGAUACAACCAAGUCAAAUGAUCAAGCAGAGUACUCCUCAACCAACAAAAACUAUGUGCAGGAUUUAGAGACAAAUAAUGAUGAUUCAGAAAUUCAGAACUUUAUUCCUAAAGAAGAGAGUUUUCACUAUUGCGGAAUGCCACUUAGGAAGGUGGGAAGUAGAGAUGCUGCUUUUAUGCACACACAGGAAUCGGAUGAUUUCUUCAGAGGCAAUCUGCUUGGUCCAAGGUUUUAUGUUGAGGAUGUGACAAACGAUGUAACCUCAGAUGCUCACCUAUCAGCUACAGUUGUCCCUCAUGUACAUAGUGAGUCAGACGAUGAACACAAAUCUUACACAAGGGAGGAAAAUAUUACAAAUGCUGGUCAUGAAGAGGACAAGUACAAGAAAAGCAGAAAAACGGAUGAAUCAUUCAGUGAAGCUUCAAUGGUUGAGAUUGAAGCUGGAAUCUAUGGCUUACAGAUAAUCAAGAACACUGAUCUUGAAGACUUACACGAGCUAGGAUCAGGUACAUUUGGAACUGUAUACUAUGGGAAGUGGAGAGGAACUGAUGUUGCUAUCAAGAGGAUAAAGAACAGCUGUUUCUCUGGUGGAUCAUCAGAGCAAGCAAGACAGACUAAAGAUUUCUGGAGAGAAGCUCGGAUAUUGGCGAAUCUUCACCAUCCAAAUGUGGUGGCCUUUUAUGGAGUUGUACCAGAUGGACCUGGUGGAACAAUGGCAACAGUCACUGAGUAUAUGGUGAACGGAUCUUUGAGACAUGUCUUGCAGAGAAAAGACAGAUCGCUUGAUAGACGAAAAAGGAUGAUGAUAACUCUAGAUGCUGCAUUUGGCAUGGAGUAUUUACAUAUGAAGAAUAUUGUUCAUUUUGAUCUUAAAUGCGAUAACUUGCUUGUAAACUUGAGGGAUCCACAACGACCCAUUUGCAAGGUUGGCGAUUUUGGAUUGUCGAGAAUAAAACGAAACACGCUUGUGUCUGGUGGAGUAAGAGGAACACUUCCAUGGAUGGCACCAGAGCUGCUAAAUGGAAGCAGCAAUCGCGUCUCAGAGAAAGUUGAUGUUUUCUCAUUUGGUAUCACAAUGUGGGAGAUUUUGACAGGCGAAGAACCCUACGCGAAUCUGCAUUGUGGUGCCAUCAUUGGUGGAAUUGUGAACAAUACGUUGAGACCUCCGGUACCGGAAAGGUGUGAAACAGAGUGGAGGAAGUUGAUGGAGCAAUGCUGGUCGUUCGAUCCAGGAGUACGACCAUCCUUCACGGAGAUUGUUGAUCGGCUCCGGUCAAUGACUGUUGCCUUGCAACCCAAGCGGCAAACCUAA